ACGAAGGACUUUAACGAACGCCCAAAGCAAGAGGCGUCGCGUAUAGUCGAAAAGUUAACGAUGAAAAUUGCAAUAAUUGGCGCCGGGGUAAGCGGUUUAGCUUCUAUAAAAUGCUGUUUAGAUGAAGGACUCGAGCCAGUUUGCUUUGAGAAAAGCUCUAGUAUCGGCGGUCUGUGGAAAUUUUCCCACGACCAAGAAAUGGAUACAAACGUGAAAAGUGGGUCGGUUUAUGAGUCAACAGUCAUCAACACUAGCAAAGAGAUGACCUGUUUCUCGGAUUUUCCCGCUCCGAAGUAUUUCCCGCCGUUCAUGCCGCGUGAUCACGUCGUGGAAUACCUGCAGAUGUACGCUGAGAAUUUCAAACUGUCAAAGCACAUUCGUUUUAACGUGACUGUACUCGAUAUAAGCCGCACCCCGAAUCACAGGAAUACAGGCCAAUGGAGAGUUUCCCACAAGGAUAUCAACGGAAACGUGACAGAAAGCAUUUUUGAUGCUGUUAUGAUUUGCAAUGGGCACCUGUCAAAGCCAUAUUUUCCGGCUUUUAAAGGGAUUGAUGCAUUUCAGGGACAAAAGUUGCACAGCCAUGCGUACAAGAGCUACCGCGGAUAUGAAAACAAAGUUGUUGUUGUCAUAGGUAAGUUUCAAACGAUUGAAAAAAGCUUUUACUUUUACGAAAUAAACUUAGUAUCUUCGAUAGAGCUUAGCGUUAGGUCAUUACUAGCACUACACAGAGGGCUUCAAAAAGGUAGUUCUCAUAGCCGAUGACUAUGUUUUAGGGCAAGCCGGCUUUUUUGUUUUGUAACCGAUUUCAAUCCUUUCUGAGUGACUCGUAUCACAUAAAAUUCUUGACUUUCAAGUAGCUUUUUUCACUUGUUGAUGCCUAUCAAACACCAUGAUCAUUUGUUUAAUUACUUAACUAAUAUAGAGAAUUUGUGUGAAAUUUUGUUGUUAAAACUAAACCAGACGUAAUAACAUUAAUUGACUAUUUAUUAAAUUAGUUUUCUCUUCUCUGGGAGAUUAAUCUAGAAUCAAGGAAGAGCAAGAAAAUCACUUGCAAAAAUUGGAUGUUUCUAGGUGUAGCGGAAACCAUUGUUGGUUCCCUUUUGUUUUAUGGUGUGGGUAUAGUUUAGAGUCUUUUCAAUUUUGUAUUACGUCAUUUGGUGAUUCACCAAGAACCUUCCCAAAAAUCAAGUUCUUUUGUAUGAUUUCUUAUCGGCAAACAGAAAAUACUAUCCGUUUACUAUCCUAAACUCAUUUAUUAAACUAAGAUAAUCCGGUCUUGUUUAUUUUUCAAGUUUAUUUCCAGCCCUGACAGGUGCCUUUUAUUCACGAUGAUUUUUUUCCUCUCGCCUGAUCCCUAAAAUAAAUUCAAGUGAAUGUACAGUUGCAAGUUAAAAAGAGAUAAAAACAAAGUUUGCGCAGAUAAUCGUGGUUGCUAAGGAACGGUUCACACCUGGUAACCGGGUACGUUGCCGAGUAAAGUACUCACUGGACACUACAGUUCCCGAAAACUCGAACCCUCGCUAACUCGAACCUCGCACUAACUCGAACCAGAAUCGAUUUCUCCUGGAAUUCCCAUACAUUUACUGUAAUUUUACCCCCGAUAACUCGAACCUCCCGCUAACUCGAAGUAGGUUUUGUUUUCCCUCAGAUCAUCUCUAUAUAAUUUUUCCCUCGAUAACUCGAACCAUGUUUUGAACCCUUAAAAAGUCGGGGAAAAAAACAGUCUACUGGCGUCCGAAACAGUGAAUUUAGAAUUUUCCCAUUUACGUGCGGUAGGAGUAUAGUUUACUGGUGGAGGCUGGUGUUGAUUGUCUCAAAUCUAACGUGAAACAGUUUUAUUUCUCAAACAGUAAAACGAAUGCUCUAGUUAGACAAUGUCUUGUUACGUUACGUUCUGAUUUAUAAUCUAGAAGUAUCUUUUAAUUUUCACUUAACAUUUCUACAAUUAAAUGUGAUUAAAAUGUUCACUGUGCAGUUAAAACUGUUCUUUUUCUUACUCCCGGCUAUUUUCUUCUAGCUCCCGAUAACUCGAAUUCCCGAUAACUCGAACUUUUUUCGAUUUCCCUUGAAGGUUCGAGUUAUCGGGAGUCGACUGUAUUGUGAACACACCCUUUUUUUUAAAGUGUCCACGCUCGGAAUUGCGGCACUGUGCUGGUGCCAACGUACAAGAUAGACCUUCUACCCCGACCUCAGUACUCGGGCGGUGAAGUGAGCGCCGGGUCCAUAUGUACAUACGUUUUCUCUUGUUCUGAAAAAAUCCACUACUUUGUACUCCCUACUACGCUCACGACUCAAAAUGGCGUCUUUGACAGGGCGAAAUGUAGCAAAUAUACUAACAAAUACAUGUCAGGUACUCGAGGUGUGAACACAACAGCAUUUUGGGCCGGUAUCUAGGCAUUACUUUUCAGGCACUUUGCGUGAAUUGCUGAGCACCAGAGAUAAUCAUUCAUUCAAAGCUAUAAUUGUUAUUCUUUCUUCUUUCAGUUUCGAGCUUAAUUCACUACUUUCGGCAAUGAGAAUUCGCAAGCAUAACGAACACAAAAUGUAUCCGUUGAAUGUUUAUUGCUUUGAAGAAAAUUAAGUAAACCGACUCAUGCCUUUUCGGAAUAGCAUAUUUAGAUCCUCAUCUCACAUCGUAACUGAACGGGCGCGACCUAGUUUUUGUAUUGCUGUUGUUCUUUAUAGUUUAAUACAUGACAGUAUGACAGUUCUUUCCUUGCUCUUUUUUUAAAAUGCUAAUGAAAAAAAUUAUUAAAAAAGGAACAUCGACUUAAAUCGUACAAGUAAUGAAAAAAGUAAAAGGAGCAUUAACUUAAAUCGUACAAGUUUUAAGAAUGACAACUUUUACUAGAAUGAUUUUUCUAAACUCAGAUCCGAAACCUUGAUAAAAUAAUACGCAAAUAUCUACAUUUUCAUUUACUUAAUUUUUAACUUAUUGGGGUGAUUCCAUGUUGCGGACAUUAUAUUACAUUCAGAUACUAAAAUUAAUAUUUUAAACCCCAAUUUAGAUGUCAAAAUGUUCAUUAAGGGUGUUCAAACAUAUCAAGAAAGUAUUUUUAGUGUUCCUUUUGUACCUACUGAAAAGAUGCUUUGGUUAGCUCUCAAGACCUUGAAGGUAUGAGUUGAAGAAAGUGUCAUGUUCGGACAUUACAAUUUAUACAACCACUUUUUAAAGUAACUUUCUUUAAAGAGAUUUUCCUGUGAAUUUUUAACCUUGAGCAGAAAAUAAUUGUGCGAUCAAAACAUGACAGUAAUUAAAUUUUUCAACUGUCAAAAAAAAAAUAGUCCAUGCAACCUUGUUCCAAUGAUUCUACAAACAAAAGUUUGUUUUGCGGACAUUUAAUUUUUGGGAACACAUUUUUUAUCAUUCAUUUUCUAGUCAGUGUUGCUGACUGUGGCUAUGUCCUAUUGUUCUGUAGUUACUUCUCUGAAAAUGAAGCUGUGAAGUUAUCAUUCACUUUAUUUAUGUUCUAUUAUAAUAUUAUAUAAUCUCCUUCUGAGACCUAGUAUCACGCGAUACCAGCCAGAUGUUUUUCAGCUGUACUGACUCCUUAAAAUAAUUUCAAAAUUAAUUUGAUUACAUCUCAAGUAAAUGUUUUGAGAAAAAAAAACGUUCUCAGUAGUGAGGAGAUUAUUUUGUUUUUUCUAAAACUGAUUUAGCUACUGAAAUUAUCAUAUUUUGUCAUUCAGUCUGACUUAAAGACAUAAACUGUAAAUUUGCACUAAAACUGGACAUUGUUCACUACAUAUUAUAUUACAAAUUCUACUUAACAAAAUAAUACUCAUUCAAGUUUGCAGAAGAAACAAUGACGUUAAGUGGUUUUCCUCAAAAAGCAUGCUUACGAACUGUUCUGAGCAUGCUCAGCAGUACAGAACCCCUGACCAGCUACUCAAUUGGCCAUUUUGGAGUUGCAUAGGGAGCUGGGGCAAGUUUCAAAUUUAAACUAAUCGAUAAACUGACACCACCAUAUAAAAGUUCAUGUUGACAUUUGUUAUUUGACCAGGUUUGGUGUUCUAAAGUCGAACAGGGAUCAAGUUAUGACUCGUGGAACAUCAUGGUUAACCCAUUCGCUCCUGGAGAUUUUGCCGAAAAACGCGUUUUGAAGCUAGUCGAGUGGUUUUCUGGUCACUGUCGUGCUAUAAAGAGCUAAAACUUACCACAAACUGGUUUACAGGUCCAACACUUCGCGGCCUUCUGAUCCAGAUGCAAAAUAUCAGCUUGCGAAGUUCGGGCAUGCGCAGUUCGGGCAUGCGCAGAAAGCAAACUUUUCGCUUUCUCUCCUCCCUUCUUUUUUCGCUUUUCUUGCCUCAUUUUUUUUUCUCUUGCUGGGCAUUUAGUGGGCUUCAUUUUGGUGGGAAGAGUUUUUAGGAAAGCUUUUAGGAUCUUAGGAUUAGGUGAAAGGAAAGGUAGGUGGGUAAUAGAACAAGAUUUUCAUGGAGAUUUUCAGGUCAAUGUCACGUGGUUUUUUGCUUGUUUCUCCGGUGUCCUUGACUGAAUUGUGCUCAUUCUAGUAUGGUUUGAAAGAUCUCUUCACUCUGCACAAGUUAGCGAAGAAAGUUAUCCUUGACCGCUAAAACUGAUGACGUCACAAUGGGUAGAAAGGACCUGGAUCCGCACGGGCGGUUACGGGCGGUUCAGGGGCGAAUGGGUUAAAGAUCCAUAUAAAUGUCUGUUAUUUUGUGACAGCGUCCCCCAAAACCAUAUAAACUCUUCAUGAUAUUUUUCAGUUUUUCUGUUAAACUGCAAAAUUUAUCAUGCAUCUAUGCUACUUUAUGGAAGGAACUAAUUCGAAUAUCACUAUGUUUGCCCAUUUUCAAGAUUAUCACAGAAAUCAUAAAUUAUUUAGAGUGUUUUUAAUAGUUUGUAAGUUAAAUUCAACCUUUUUGGACAUUAUGGAAAAGAUACCAGCUAUUUUUAAUUUGCCAUUUACAUUUGUACAUCAAUAAAAAGCAAUUUAGCGUUAAGUAGGCUGUUGUCUGAAUCUAAUUCAGAGUUAGUAAGAAGUAAAUAUCUGUAACAGCCUAAAUAACUGAAAAAUCUAACAUGUGUAAUGUCCGCAACACUUUUCAACUUGUAAUUCUGAGCAAAGAAAACCCACCCAGGAAAUAUUUUGAAAUUAAAAUAGAGUAUACAUCAGACUAGCUGAGCAGCAUCAAUAGCAAAUGAAAAAUCAGUGCACUGCGUACAGGAACUGAAAAGAGGUACCUUAAUGUUGCGGACAUUACGUAAUGUCCGCCACACAAAUUCAAUGUCAAUUUUCUUAGGAAAGUGCCAGUAGCUGGAUAAUUAUUUAUGGCGUAAUGAUAGUGUAAGGCAAAGGUUAUACACACAUACUUUUAUUUUAAUUGUAAUGUUUUCUUAGAUGUUAAACUUGGUUUAAAAUUUUCUUCCAAAAAUUAUAAAAAUAUAAUGAGAUUCAAAUUCUCCGGAUUUCAUGCCUUCUAACAUUAAGCACAUGGAUUAGACGCACAAAAUCUCAGUAAUUUGAAACAGCCCAUUGUUUCAGCUUUCUGUUGGUAUAAGUUUCAUUGCGCAAAAUGUUAUUUUAAAAAAUUCAAAAUUUCACUGUCUGGCGUGGAAUUGCCCAUUGAUAUACACGAGCACUGCCGGCAUGCAGAAAAUUACAUUUUUCAUUUGGGCCGAGGAGGUGCCGAGAGGAAUUUAUUCAAGCUGUUCCAGACCCCCUACCCCACCCUCUCGCUGCUCGCUGCUCCACAUCUCUUUGCACCGUCCCCAUGAUCUGAAUGAAGAGAGGAUAAAGGGGACCUCCGUUAAAUUUAUCAAAGAAUCCCCGGCUAAGAUAAUUGUCCAACACAGCUGUAGAACAAUAGGAGAGCGAUAACUGGGGCUAGAGCUUUUAGGUCUAUUGAAAUAAAAUUAGUAUUAUUAGGAAGAUUUUUUUCUUGUACAACUAAUAAUUGAGAACUUGAAAUUCGACAUGCAACUCGUUCAUUUCUGCCAAGAAUUAAGAAUUAACUAAUGAGCGAUAAACACCAAAUAUGAAUACGUCAAAAACUGCCUAGUUUACAAAGCGCUAUAAAUCUGCUAAGGGCCUCGCAAGGUUGUUGUCUUUCAGUGAACGUGAAUAACAUAACGUUAUCCACGGAAUCCAACUGCGCUCUCUGACGCGGGAAGGAAUUUAUGGUGCUCAAUUAUGUUACGAAGUAGUUGCUUUUAGUUUUGUUUUUGAGUUUUGGUAUUUUUCAGGUUUUUCAUAUGUUUAGGGCAUCCGAGUGAUUCUUUUGUAGUACGUGCUGGCUUCUUGGUAAACAGUCAUAGUCCAAGGAAAUUCAAUGCAUAGUCACACGAAUAGUUCUUGAGUUUUGAGUUGUAUCAUCUACAUUUGGAGGAUUCGUUUAACUUAAUUGUACUUCUUCUUGAAGUAGGCAUGUUUGGGGACAAUGCCGGAUCCAGACCUUGAGAUAAGGGGGGAGGGGGAGCAGUCUCCAAAAAAUUGGCCUCAAUUUGAUCUAAAAUUAAGGGGGAGGGGGCCGAACCCCAAGGUCCCUCCCCAGGAUCCGCCACUGGGGGAUUAUAGCUGACCUUGAGUUCUACCUACACUGAAGCCGUUCCUGUUUUGUAUGAUUGUUCCUACUGAGCAGUUUUAAAAACACACUUUAAUAGUAGUUCCCCUUGGGGCUUUUCAGACACUAUUUAUAAAAUAAAAACUUAAGUAUAAAGGAAAUAUUUGACAUUAAAACUAUUGUUCAGAAAUCAAAUGGUUCUUCGUUAAGUUUUUAAAACGUUUUAACGAGGAGCAGGCUUUUAAAUUGUCACCUAAGUUGUUCCAGAUGUUAACAGCUCUGUAAAUAAAGUUCUAAGUUUUACCGCUCGCAUUCAAUUGGUUCAUUGGUACUUGUAAAUCACGACAAUGUAUUUUAUUCUCCACGAAUUUAAGCGACAGCAUAUGCAAUGGAAAGUUCUCACAGUCAGCUAAGCCAAACACAUCUAUAAUCUGAUUAUUUAAUUCGCUAAUGAUGGGCUUGCUUGUUAGAAGAAGAAGAAGUGUUGUUGUGCCUGUUGAACGCCGAGAAGAAUAAAGGUAGAAGAACAGACUGAGAGUCUUGGUAUCUUUCUCGUUAAUAGGCCAAGCAAGCUAUACAUCCCCUAACAUACUUGGGGGAGAACCCGGGCAACGAUUUAUUGGUCGGUCAUGGAACCUGGUCUACAACUAGAAUCGAACCACAUCGAGGGUCUCUUCCGAGAAGAAGUCUGCACACAUCUACAUUUUGGUAGAGGAUUUAUCGCAUGCAAUUUCGGAGUUACCUAGGUGUCGUUAGUUCUAUGUUAUGGCUAAAAGUUCUUGGUAUGCUCCGACUAGUGUAAUACAUACUAGCCUACCUAGAAGGCGCUCGGAAGAAAUGGAUGCAAGAAAGAACGGGGCGCGCGAGGGAGACACGCGUGGGGAGAGGGAACGCCUGCCCGAGAGGCCCAUGAAAAUUGUUUUUACUCGCUUUCUGAGAGUGCGAAAAAUUCCUAUUGGUUGAGGGUUCCCGAGGGGAUAAGUGUUCUCGUUAGGCAAGAAAACUGUCAAUGAAAGAAAACACGGAAUCGUUUGUAAACAUGUGGCACAAUAAAAGGAAGUGAAGGUCUUGUUAACACCACUAAAUGGUAUACUCGAAGGUCAGAUCUUGGAGUUCUCUAAUUCAAUGGGACUUUGUGGCUAAAAUCUCAAAGAAAAGUUGAAGGGUUCAAGGGGCAUUCACAAAGGAACGAUUUGACAUCAAACACUCAUCGCGUGCUUCCCUCGCGAACCCCGUUCCUUCUCGCCCCCGUUACUUCCAAAGCGCCUGCUACACAGGCUAAGUACAUACAGGAUCACACAGCGAACUAAGAGAUCAGAUCAUGUGUAAGGCGUUCGUUUACAAGAGGUUAAAAACAAUGGAAAAUGAUAAAACCAUAUCCCAAAAAGUGGUCGCGGUUUCUUACGAGAUGUGGUCGUUUACGAGAGGUUCCGACUGUACGAUUUUGACUGGGAAAUUUUUGGUGUUUUGGAUUUGUGGUCGCUUAUGCCGGGCUGGGAGGGAGUCUCUUACUAGAGGUGAACGCACAUGGAGGUUCUACUGUAUUCAAAUGUUUAAGUAUGUAGUCAAACCAUGAGAUGUCAUCGAGAGACGCGCUCGAUAUUUGUAUUAAGGCUUUAUGAGGCUAUUUUUCAAUAUCAAUGCGCUAUGUAGCCAAUAAAAACAAUGACAAUCAAGGAUUGACCGCUUUGGCAACUAGGCUUUCGGUACGCUUAUAGAUGAUUUUUAAAAAAAAACAUUCGAGGAAAUUAAACCAGCGAGAGAAUAACUGAUGUAAGUCCCGCUGUAAGUCUCCUUCAUACCAAUGAGUACGAUUCUUUCAUAAUUCUUCUGGAAAACAAAUAAGAUAACAAUUUCGUUGUACUGGUAUUGUCUCUGGUCGUCUUAAGUAAAAACUGGAAAAAACUCAGAACAUGUCGAGACGAAUAUACAAGCAAUACUCAAGUAAUUUCAAGAAUGAUCGAAUAGUAGUGCGGUGAAAUUCUUAGAGCCUUGCCUUACUUAAGUUAUUUACGUUAAAAGAGAAUGUUGAUUAGAAUACUACCCCAUUAUGGACGAAAUUAACUAAUGUUCUCAAAAUAUUGUUACUAAAAUCCGACCUUUAAUUACAUCAAGUUCAAGGUAAAAUAUUUUUUAUGUAUACUACAUAAGAGGCAUUACAAUUAUAUAAAACCCAUAUGUAAGCCUAUUUUCUAAACAAUAUCACGCUAAAUCCUAUCUACUAACACAAAUCAAUCUGAGCUAAUAAGUUAUGGUUUUAAGAAUGAGAUAAUCGAGUCAGAGUUACAGAAACAGAUUUGUGCGUGAAACCCCCUUUUUCUUAAAGAAACAUAACUUACGCGAGUAAUAGUUCAGUUUCGUAGCUUAAAAACGAGAUAAACCAAACCCUUAGAAAGAAUUGCACCACAAGCACUGAAUAUCUGAUUCAAUUGCGAGUAACUUUCAAGUCUUCGAUGCUUAGAUAUAUCAGUACAAUGAAACCUUGAUAUAACGAAGUACUUCAAGUGACACUCUGGUAUGACAAAUGACCAGUUCUUCGCUCCCUAUUAUAGUAAAAUCUAUGGAACAGAGCACCGAUCGAUACUGUGAUAACCUACUCCGGUUAACGGACGCUUUUAGACUGUCAUUAUGGGCUGAUAUCGCUCAUGGUCUUCAAAGAGAACCAUGAGAACGUCAUGAGAGUCUACUAACAGUAUUUUUAGCUUCAAAUGGAUGGGAACGUUCAAUGUAAAAUAUAGCCGACGUGUAGGCUAUAUCAAAUAGUAAUAAACGACGAUAACAAAAUGCUAGAACAGUGAGUUGACUUCUCACCCGGCCAAGGUAGAGAGUUCUCACCCGAGUAAAACUUUUAGAAGGCAGGUCUAAAAACGGGCGAGGUAAUGUAAUGUCUUGUUCUAAUAUCAUGAAAAGGGUUAAUAUGCAGUGAACUGGGCGGCACACGCCCAUCAAGAAUUCCUAGCAGUAUCCCUCGGGUUAGGGACUAUCACUCGUUGUAAUUUGAAUAAACUGAUCACAGAGCUUGGUAAACGGAAUAUAAACUGAAAAGGCCAGUGAAAGCCUAAUACCACCUCUCUUUGGCAAAUGUCAAGUUUUUUUUUUUUUUUGAAGCAGGCUACGUGAAGGACUAAUGUAGCGAAGCUAACCCAAUAUUGCUUUCUUGUCUCUUGAGCUAAUUCACGUGCAGUUCACGUGAUGAGGGGAUUACAGUAAAAACCGACAACUAAGAAACUACAUUUUGCGAUGUUAGCCUAAACAGGGUCUUACAUAAAUGGUAAUUAGCAAAAAUUUGGGCUAUUUACGUUUUAAAUAGGUUGAAAAAAUAAAUACAUGUGCGGCUAAGAGUAUUAAAUGACAUUCAGCUCAUUCCUUAAGUAAAAACCUGUCUACAAUUACAAUUGCAGUUGGAGUAAUAAGACACCUAUGUCUCGAAAGAAGAUCCUAAAUAUUGACUCGUCUUAUAUAUUUGCUCAAGUGUAUAAAAUUUUUUAUAUAGAUUAUAGAAAAAAAUCUGUUUCAAAUUUUCUGCUUAACAGGUUCUUGUAUAGUCUAGAAGGGGCCUAACUGGUAAAUUAUAGCCAUCUUACUCGUGGGUUUUUACUGCAUGUCAGUUCAUUGUUUCUUAGUUGAUGUUAAAACUACCCAGCAUCGAUCUGCUCGCAAAACCUCUAGUCAGGGCAAACGACAGAACUAUGAGCAGAUAAAAACAGUCUAAAGCAAUUCUUAUGGAUUUUCAAAUAGGGUCAGAUUACCUUCUUUUUUACCAAACGACUAACAAGUUGUCACAUGGAACAGAUCUCUACAUCUCUAUAACAUUGGUAAGGUACUGAACCUGUGGUGAAUAAUUAUUUGGCAUAAUUAUUCAGGAUAAUUAUUUGGAAUAAUUAUUCAGGCGAAUUUAGGAGAAAAAAGGGAAACCCACAGUUAGAAUUGUUACUUCUGUAGCGGUUUGUAGUAAAAUGUUUACGCAUGAAGGCUGCAUUCAACCACCAUGGUACAGAGAAGCAAUGGGGAUGCGCUCGAAAUGUGAAGAUUUUGUAAUAAGAAUUGUUCAGUUUGUGAACUUGGCAAAAACUCCUUUUUUCUCACUUUGAACUGUUUUGUGAAUUGGUUGUGUUAGUUAAACCAAUUAUUUAAAAAUUGGUUCAAACCGUAUUCCUUGAAUUAAGUUGUUGUUUUGAUGUUUUCCGCAGACAACGUCACCAUUUUCAUUCAUAUCAACAAACACCAGGAAAUGCGAUAUUUCUUUUAAAACUGUUGAAUUGUCCUGUGACGGAAAACUUAUCAUUUUGUUUACAUCAGUGCUUUCUCCUUUCCUGUAAAUAGGUUCUACUGGGGAAACUUGUCUGUUAAACAUGCUAAAAGAUGAAAGUUUUGCUAACUUAAGUUAGUUUUGUGUUGUUGUCUCUCACUAGCUAGCGUCGGCCGCUUACCAUAAAGUGUAAAAGACUUUUUACAGCCAUUAAACAAUCAAAUCUUACCUUAAAUUGUUUUAUCCUAAAAUAAGAGACAUCUUUACGAGGUUUUCGCGAUCAAUUUUCCUCCACUGUACUUGGCGUUGCUCAUAGUUUGCGCUGAAUCUAGUAAAGCCAAAGAACGGUCGAAGAACUUCGAAGAACGAAAUUUUCUCCACAUGCACUGCGAGCAUCUGCGCGCGCGUGAACCAGCGUCAUUUUGGCGGGAAAACGUGUGGUAGCCGUCAAAAUUAGAAGUGUUUUUGCGAUCGGGAGUGGGGUUUCUCCGUCAAUAAAAUUUUACCGUGUUAUCUUUCUGGUGAAAAAAGGAAAAAUGAAGCUUUCCUGGGUGACUCUAUUUUUAAUUCGCGAAAAAAACCUUCACGUCAAAUCUUAGCCUGAAUUUCAUCCGAUUACUUCGAGUCGUUAUUACUCCCUCAGUAACGUCGUUGUUGAGAGGAGAAAACGACUCGAAGCAAUCGGAUGAAUUUCAGGCUAGUCAAAUCUUCUUCUCGUACUCGUCCUUACCCUCGAAUCUAAAGAUCCCUUUUCCCGCGAAGUGCAGGGAAAUGUGACGCAAUCCACUCGACCAAUCAGAGCGUGCAAAUCUCCAACCACGUUCCCAGAGAGAAAAAACCUGGGAGCGAGGUUUGCAAAUCGUUGAGUAAUUAUACCAAUAGCGUUAAUAGCAUAUAAGGCGUGAGGAAUACAUAGUUGUCAGCAAAAUCGAGAGAACAGAAUCAAAGUGUGUGUCUGGACAAAAAUGUCAUCGUUUGUCUCAUUAUGUAAUCACUUAGGAUGAAAAUCGCUUAGCAUCUGAGAUGUCCCGUUCUGUCUUCACAUUUGUUACAAAAACGCUUUAACGCUGGCUUUAACUAUUCUCCACGCAGGUCUUGGAAAUUCGGCUGCAGACAUCGCCGUUGAACUUAGCCGCCACGCCUCCCAAGUCUACCUCAGCACUCACAGAGGGGCCUGGGUGAUUUCCCGCCUGGAAAAGCGAGGCUUACCAUGGGAUCAGCGCGUGGAAACAAGGUUCUUUCAAAACCUUCCCUACAAGAUUAAAGAAUGGUUGGCUCUGCGAAGCGCUCAGAAAAGAUUCGAUCAUGAUACCUACGGACUUCUCCCACGGCAUGGAAUUCUGAACGCCCCUACGGUCAUAAGCGACGACCUCCCUCUUCGUAUAGCCACCGGGACAAUCAGGCUUAAACCUGGUAUUUCCUAUUUUACCAGACAAGGUGUCGUAUUCACUGGCGGAUCCUCGCUGAGUCACGUGGACGCUGUAAUAUCAUGCACGGGCUACAAUAUCAAUUUUGAGUUUCUCAAAGACAGUUACAUCCUUCCUGUUGAAGACAACCAAGUGUCUCUUUACAAACAAGUCUUCCCACCCCACCACCCUAAGUCAACCCUUGCCUUUGUGGGUCUGAUCCAGUCCUCCGGUGCGUUUUUUCCCGCGGCAGAGCUGCAGGCUCGGUGGGCAACACGCGUGUUCAAGGGGCUGGCCAGGUUACCUACCAGAGAGGCCAUGUUGCAUGACAUAGGAUUGGAGAAAAAGCUGCUUAGAGAAACAUUCUUUGCUUCAAGGCGUCUGACAAUUCAGGUAGGAGUGUCGAAAGUUAUUUCUAGCUUGUUUCGUAGUAAACCAUGAAAUCUUGUACGAUUGUGUCAGUUUGUCCUCUACCGAUAAGACCAGAAUCAUAAAAAUCAAGUCCUAGCAGCUAUUAGCGUGGAGUAUGUUUUUAGUGGCCUCAACCCCUCGAAAAUCCUUAAAUAACGAUGACCGAGACCAGGUUUUAUGAGCCCGCGAGACUGAGCAUCCCACCCAAACCCUUCUUUUCACUAAAACCGCUGGACACCAACCUGGUUGAAGUCAUUGUUAUCUAAGGUCUUCUCAACCCCUUGCGUCCCCCUGAUGUGCAGUUGUAAGGCUCUUGGACUAGUAACCAGAAGGUCAAAAGUUUUACUCCCAUUACGAAAACGGUUCGCAAACCGUUUCAAGCGCGUAGCGCGUAGAAUUGACUUUUUUUGUGCCUGCUUGGAAUGUUACCUAUAAUUACUAUAGUUUUUAAACGCAAAUGAUGAUGAGGUAAGGCAUUCGCCAUUCGCCGAACAAGAAACAAAGGAAACUGAGUUAACUUUCGCAAAGACUUCUGGGACUCUUCCUAGCCCUUCCAAACAUACCAUAAUACUCUUUGCUGUCCCUCUAAAAUUUUACAUAAGCUUUGUUUUCAAUUUCUCUUGGGGAUCUAGUAAGCUCCUAGAGAAAGUGAAAAUAAUGCGUACGCUAAUUUUGGACGGACAACAAAGAGUAUUAUGGUAUUUUUGAAAAAGGCCUAUUUGCCAAUCGCUGACCGGGGCGUCCCCAGUAACGAUCCCAGAAACAAUUACAGUAUCCUCUUUUCCUCUCUAAAAUGUUAAAAUUAAAAAUUAAAUCUUCAGGUAUCCAGCAUUGCAUAUAAAGAUCAGAUAGCAGAUCUAAUUGGCUGCAAACCGAACCUCGGAAGGCUCUUUUUCAGGGACCCUCUCCUGGCCAUCAAGUGCUUUUUUGGACCCUGCUGUGCGGCCCAGUACCGUCUCAUGGGGCCCGGGGCGUGGCCUGGGGCCAAACAAGUCAUAGAGGAAACAUACCGCAAUGAAAUGUUCCCAAAUGUUCAGAGAAGAAACGAAACCAAUACAACCAAGAAUCAGACCAUUGUAACGUUGCUGAAAUUGGUCUGCGUUUUCGCCACCGUGGCUACUCUGAAAGAACUGUGCCAGGACCUCAACGCCGAAUGGGACGCGGUUUGGGGAUGGCUGCGAGCCGCGCGAUGAACUCUGAUUCCCGGAUGUUCACUGCGAAAGACUGCUGACACGAGCUCCCCUUGCCACGGGCUCGUUAUAGAGAAGCCAAGUUGCAACGAGGACUUCCGAUGGACUGAAUGCCGAAAGUUGUGAAUAUGCUGGAGAGUCAGUGGCUCACGGACAGAAACACUGGGAAAAAAGAAGAAAAGGAAACUGUUCGAAGGUGACUUUAAGCGCAUAUUUAAGUAUUGACGAUUCUGUAGCGUCAACGAGAACACAAUCUCGAAAAAAGACAAACAUUUGGUUCACAGGAAACCACUGCUAAAGUAGCUUACUAAUAAAUCAUAGAGCUGAUAACUUUCAAUCACAACAAGGUCCGCAGUACAGUUAACACAUUAACCCUUUAAACCCUACGAGCGAUCAGCAUCAAAUUUCUCCUUGUAAUAUCAAUCUUUUGUAAAACAGAGUGGUCAUGAGAAUUGAGAACAUGAUCAGGGAAGAUGGGUCUAAUUGAUAUUUCAACAAAUUCUCCAAACUGCCUCUAUUGAAAAAGUAUAGGGACAGUAAAUGAGAAUCUCAAUUUUGAUAUUUGGGUUUAAAGGGUUGAAAAGCGAAGACUUCCAGUAGUACUUUAGUUUCUUUCGGGAUAGUAGAGCGCGCGAAAAACACGAGCACACGUGAAAAUAGCCUGAGAACUUCCGGUAGUCGCUUCCCUCCUCUUCGGGUAGAGAGAAGCGACGACCGGAAAUACGUUUCGCUAUGCGCGAGAAGAAAAACCUUUUUUCACGCGCGUUCGUGUUUUUUCUCGCACUAUCUUCCCAAAGGAAACUAAGGGACAAAUUGUAGUCUACAAGAGGAGAGCUCUGCUCGAUACAGUUUUAACGUGAAAGAUUGAACUGCGCAGGUCACCCACGCAUGUAUAAAUAACAUAUCAGCAUUUGAAGGCGACAAUAUUGUCAUAAUUAUUGAAAAGCAUUAAGGCUUGGAUAAACAGAUUAAGC